AUGGGUUUGUGCCUGAGUCUCCUGAUCCCUCCUGGCAGCCUGGACUGGUGCUCCCACACAGGUGGAGUGAAUCGGGGACAGGAGGCGGAGGAUGAACAUGUCAUCCAUGUGGACACCUCCCAGCCGGGGGCCGCGCGGAGCACCGGCGGGCUGGCGGCAUGGAGUAGGCGCUGGCGGCGGCGGCAGGGAGAGCGGGCGUUGCGAUGGGCCAGGCAUGAUGAGCGCGCUGGCUCCGUCCUCCCGCUGCUGCUGCUGCAUGCUGCCGCCGCCGCACGCCGCUGCAGGUGCUCGCCGGCCGCCCCGCGCGUCCAGCCGCCCUCCGCCGGGGCCGCCGCCGACGGCGCGGAUCUGUUGAGUUGGGCGAGGGCGGGGGCCUGGGGGCUGGCGGCGAGCGCGUUUCCUCCGCUGGAGCCCGGGGGGCUUCCCCGCAAGGCGGCUCGCCAGGCCCGGGCGGCCGCGGCCCGCACCCGGGCGGUGAGGGGCCCGUCCUCCGGUCCCUCAUCACUGGCUCUGGCUGACUGUCCCCGUCCUCCUGUCCCUCACCGCCGGCUCCGGAUAAGGGGCCCCGUCCUCCAGUCCCUCACUACGGGCUCCCGCUGCCUGUCCCCCUCCUGCAGUCCCUCAUGCGGCUCCGCUGAGUUGGCCCGUCCUGCCGUUCCCUCCCUCAUCACAAUCUCCGCGCUGUCCCCGUCCUCCUGCCCUCAGCACGGCUCCCGCUGGCUGCCCCGUCCCCUGCGUCGCUUCCCGACCGGCUCCGGCCCCUCGAAUAACACUCCCGCUCCCCCCGCGUUCCUGCCCGGCUGGGAUCUCGGGGUCCCUCAGCGGGGCCGCUCGGACCCUCCGUCCCCACACGCUGAAAACUUCCGCGGAGGCUCACGGGGCCCCCAGAGUCGAGGUGCGCCACUGCCGAGUCCCCGAAAAUGCUUCCAGCUCCCACGCUGCCUGUUUGAAGAUGACCUUUGCAAAUCUUUUGAAAUCUGUGUAAAUGAUGGAAUAUUUGGGAGAUGUCAGCGAGUGCCAGUAAUAGACAUCUAUAAAUAUGACAUUUCACCCCCUGUUCUGCAGCAUCUGAAGAUCAUCCUGGAGAAGCUCUCACACAGAGGUUUUACCUGGCGAGAUGAUUAUACUCAGCAUGUUAUUGGUCAGGAACUCUCAACCAUUCACAAAAUCCACAGCAGACGCCCCGAUGUAUUUGCAUCUGAAGGAUCUGAUGCAGGAAGGACUUUUGGACAGAACGCAGAUAAUGAAAGAAAUUAUGAUGGGGAAAAUGAUGUGAACUUGGCCAAGUCUCUUCAGCAAUACCUUAAAUAUCUCGGUAUCCUCUCCCAGGCUGCAUCUACAAAUCUGUAUCCAAGGAAGACAAGUGACAAAGCUUCUGUCAAGAGCUACAUCUACAAUGAUCCUGUCAGGUACUACUCGAGGCAGAACCCCAAAGAGCGAGCUCCUCCUCUGGCCCGUCCAUCAAAAUCCCAGCAACAGCUCGCUGAGAACCUCCGUGGGAGGACCUUCAGCCAGAGCCAGAGGGAGAAGUUCUCACCAGAGUCAGAAAUGGGGCUCGACCAAAAAACCCUGAUGGCUGCACUGCACACCUACAUCACCCAGAACUUGUCAGCACAAAGCAGCGACAAAAGCCCUCACAGCAGGACUAAAGGGUCUCAGGUUUAUGCUGAUAGAUUCUACUCCACACAAGUCAGUCCUUUUGAUGGAAGUUUUGCCAAAGGAAAAGGAGAAGAUUUUAAAAUGAAGAAGCUGUUCCAGCCAAGGCCUGCUUCUGGAGUGCUGAGGCCAACCCCUGAGGUGCUGAGUCAUAAAUCUGCUUCCCAGGAUGAUCCCAAGGACCCUCUGACUGUAGUGGAUGAGACACUUAUUAAAGAUGUAUUGAAGGACCUAGAGAAACAUCAAGUGAACGUGGAGAAUCUCAGCUCAACGGAACUGGAUGAGAUCGCUGAUACUAUCGCCACUGCAAUUCAGAGUGUUGACAUUCAGCAAGAAACACAAAAUGGUGCUGGAAAAACUAGAGAAGACAAAACAGAAGCACAAACAAAGAAAGGAGAUGCUCAAGGAAUGACAGAGUUUCAGAUGGGAUUAAUGGAAAACAGCAUUAAUAUACCAGACAAUGGAGUGCAUGAAGCCAGUGCAAGAACUGAUAAAGAGGAGAACACUGCAAAACUAAUUAAAUUCUUGAAUGAGAAUGCACUAUCUGAAAAUGUGCCCAAAGACCUUGGCCCUGAAGAAUCUACUAAGAUAGAAACCAAGAAAUCUGAAGAAACUGACUCUUCAGAAGAAAUAAAUGCUGGUGUGGAAAAUGUAAAAAGUGAGACUUUCUCAAGGGAGCUGACAACUGCAGAGAACAGUGAAUCUGACUCCAAUGACCCGAGUAAGACCAGGUACUGGAUUAAGAAUGCUUUAAUGCAGGAUGGAAACUCCUAUGAAAAGCCUCAGAAAAACAUGGGACAAGGCUUACAACUUGAAGUGAAGUCUUCUGAGGAGAAAGAAUACGGCUACAUUGUGACAGUGAAGGACCCCCUGAGUGUGGAAAAGGGCUUGGAGUUAAUAAAGGAAGUGGCAGAUCUCCUGAAGCUGCAGAUGAGUGUCUUCGAUGAUGUCAACGUGCUGGGACCAGCUGUGACCUUCAGAGUGCACUCAAACCUCCAAAACAUUUCAACUGCAGAUGUUGCCAAAGAAGCAGCCAUAAACAAAGAGAAACUUGAGAAAACAACUGGACUGAAAAUUCUGCAGACUGGUGUGGGGGAGGAGCUAUGCCGCCAGCGCAUGGCAGUGAAAACAUCUGAUCGCCCGGAGCCCCUCCACUCCUCCCGAAUAAACAGCGUUUCUUCUCAGUUCAGCGAUGGGCCCAUUCCCAGCCCCUCGGCCCGGAGCAGCACGUCGUCCUGGUGUGAGGAGCCGGUCCAGUCCAACAUGGACAUCUCCACCGGUCACAUGAUCCUGUCCUACAUGGAAGAUCACCUGAAAAACAAGAAUCGUCUGGAGAAAGAGUGGGAAGCUCUGUGUGCUUAUCAGGCCGAACCCAGCGACACCACCAUUGCACAGCAGGAGGAAAACAUCCCGAAGAACCGCUCCCAGGCUGUAGUACCAUAUGACCAUUCCAGGAUAUGUCUGAAAGGUGAAAGCAGCCACGACAAUUCAGACUACAUCAAUGCUAGUCCAAUUAUGGACCAUGACCCCAGAAACCCUGCAUAUAUUGCCACCCAGGGUCCUCUCCCUGCUACUGUUGCUGACUUCUGGCAGAUGGUCUGGGAGAACGGCUGUGUCGUUAUUGUCAUGCUGACACCCCUCGUGGAAAACGGAGUCAAACAGUGCUACCACUAUUGGCCAGACGAAGGGUCAAACCUCUACCACAUCUAUGAGGUAAAUCUUGUCUCUGAGCACAUCUGGUGUGAGGAUUUCCUCGUGAGGAGCUUCUACCUGAAGAACCUGCAGACAAACGAGACACGCACAGUGACACAGUUCCACUUCCUUAGCUGGAACAAUCAGAGGGUUCCUGCUUCCACGAGAUCACUUCUGGAUUUCCGCAGAAAAGUAAACAAGUGCUACAGGGGUCGCUCUUGUCCAGUAGUUGUUCAUUGCAGCGAUGGUGCAGGAAGAAGUGGAACCUACAUUCUAAUUGACAUGGUUCUCAAUAAAAUGGCCAAAGGUGCUAAAGAGAUUGAUAUUGCUGCUACCCUGGAGCACUUGAGGGACCAGAGACCGGGCAUGGUCCAGACAAAGGAGCAGUUUGAGUUUGCGCUGACAGCAGUUGCAGAGGAAGUGAAUGCAAUACUCAAGGCCCUUCCCCAGUGAGCAGCUCAGUCUCCUGAAGGCUCCUGCAGAAUCCAUCCCUCGUUUUCCUCAUCCUCAGUCCCUGUGAAUGUUCUUGGAAACCGUGACCUGACCUUAACUGUGUAUCUUCUGUUGUAACCACGUAGUGAUAGGGUCCUUACAAACUCCUUUAGCUGGUAAAAGUUCAACAGUUAAAAUGUGUAUUCUGUUUUUUGGGGUUUUAAACAAAUUUUUAAAAGUACAUCAGAGCCUCGGAUUAAGUGACAGAACAAUCCAUCUAAUUCCUUUCACAUCCUUGAAGCCCUGAAUGUCACACUUUGAAAGCACACAUUCAUGUUCUUAGUAGCAAAUAUACGAUAUUGUGGGUAAUUAGUGCAGUCAAUAUAGUCGCAGAAAACGGUGUUCUGUUAUAUUUGUAACUUCUCAAAAGCCGAAUAAGAGGGAGGGCCUGAAGAGGAUGGUGAUUGUUCCCACACAAUGCCAAGCUGGAGCAUGAAACAGUGCUGAGGGUGUGAGUAAACACAGGUCCAGGAGGCUCUGGCAAGGAAAGCUUGCACCUUCUCAUACCAGGCUUUGGCAAGCAAAUGUUUUCUUAGCUGUUGUUUACUUUUCAGCUUUGUGCCAUGAGAGGAAGAAAAUCUGAACCAUAAAUAAAACAGGCUCGCACAGUUAUUGCAACUGGGGAGGUCAUUUUGGUCACAUUAAUGGGAAGCUGGGGGAUAACAAGCACAACAGCUCUGACCAUGUACCUGCCACUGACAGCAUGGAAAACAGAGGGUAGACUCCCCUCAGGUGAUGGGAAAGGCCCUGUCAACAAUCAGGUAACUGUCUGGAGCUGUUAUGGAAACGGAUUGAUGGUUUUAUGGGAUUACUGAGGAAGAAAAUGGGACUCUCCUCUUUAUAUUUUUGCAUUUCCCUCUGUAAAGUUCUACAGUGCCACCCUUUUUAGCCAGGAAAAUAUAUUUCUGUAAAUGCCUGGCUGAAGGAGAAAUCUCGUAUCUGCGUUUUAUGAUUCUCAUCUAAUUUGUCUGAUCCAAAAGUUCAUUGCAGCUUUCUGCAGAGACUCUGCUUGCUCCUUGCUCUGAAUGAUACCUAUUUUAACUAAGCAUGAAGGGGUAAAGCAACACACAGGUUGAAUUUCAGAGACUCUUGUGUUCUCAAGAUCCUCAUGCCUCCUGCUGAAAAGUAAUGCUAAAGUAUGUCUGUAAAUGGUUUGGUUUAUGGAAUCUUGCUUCUGUGAAUUCACAGGUUUAGUUGUGGCACUCUUCUUAAGGAAUUUAAAUUAUUGAUAGAAAGUACUCUGAUAUGUUUGAAUGAAGGGCCUGAGAGUAAAAUUAUCGAAGGUACCUAAGUGAUCUAGGCUCUUAAUUUCAUUUCCAAAAAAUGAAUACUUGGAUUCUUUUUCAUAUGUUAUCCUACAUCUCCAUGACUUAAAAAUCUGGGGUGCUUUUUUUUCCAAAAUCUUAAGUGUGUUGUGUGCUUGAAACCAUAUUAGGCUAAUUGUUUAACUUCAGUGCUGGAAAAUAUAUCAUUGAAUUUAAUUUGGGAAGGGGACACUUUUAUAAACUUCUAAUCAAUGAAAUGUAAAAGAUAACAGUAUCACAGAGUUUUGCUGGCACAGAGGUAAUGGGCAUCUAUUGAAAUCAACCAUGUUGCAAUUUUGUGUUGUAGGUGUGGAUAUUGGUGAUUUUUUCUUUUUAGCAAUUAAAGAGUUACUAAAAAAAAAAAAAGCAGAAGGCUUGUAACUUUUUGCCAUACAUUUUUGUAUGCUUUACUUGAUAUGUGCUGUUGCUUAAUUUGUGCAUCCCAUUACUAUAGCAGUGCAGAGCAGUUACUGCAGAUGCCAUCAUCCUCUUAAGUACACAUACUGUACAUUAAGCCACAUGUUUAUUUUAUGGCCUAAGCAUUUUAGAGCUUUCCUAGCAAUAACUAAAAAAACUAAUGGAGUAUAAAUGAGAAAAUUGCCUUUUUCAUUUGAUAAUUUAGGUUUAACAGGAUUCUUUUAUUACUUUAGCUAACACAAAAUUGCAGAUCAGGGCAGAUGAGAUCGGUUUGAGCCGUAUCAGCAAGUGUUUGAAGUAGAUUUACUGUGAGCCAUGUACUGCAGCUUUCUGAAAAUACAGGUAGUUGUAUGCAAACAAACUGUCCAAAGAAUCAAAAUUUGGGCAUCCUAACAAGGCCUCUGAUUAUCGGGCAGAAUUGUUUCCCCAUGCGAGAUGCUGUGCCAUUACCUGCUGCCAAUGGACUAAUGGGUUUUUAGCUCAGAUUUCUGCCCUGGGAUUCAUUAGUGUUCGCCUUCUGACUGUCCCUGUGCAUACCACAAACAUGCCUGACGAGCCUUUCGUUUGCACUUCAGGAAUAUUUUUUAAUUGUUCUUUUGCAAAUAUUUGCAUUUCAUAAUAGCAAUUUCAGGGUGAUCCCUAUUAAUUCACAAGCAGCUGAGUGUGGGACUUAAAUAUUUCUCUUCAUGCUUCAGAGUUUAUUUAGCGUAGAUUAGAGGGCAUUAAUCUUCCCCAAGGCUAAUGGGGCAGGAAUGUAUUGUUUUAUUCAUACUUGUAGGCCAGUUUACACAACAGAAAGAUGCAGUCUUACUCAGAGGGUUAGAGUAUCUCCCACUGACCGUCAUUGACAAUCCUGCUAUUUCAGCCAUGUUUUGUACAGUUCUUCCACAAAGAGGUGCCAGGCUUAUUUUGUUGACUGUAAACGAUCACACAGAGUAUUUUGUCUGUGCAUAGCACACUGUUCACACCUCUCAAUAAAAAUGCCAUGUUUCUGGGGGUGAUAAUCUGCUGCAGGGUCGAUUAGUGAAAUGCAGGUUUCAGUUGCACCAGGGCAAUCCAGGGGGGUUUGAUAAUCCAUUCCCCAGGAAGAUGCCAAAGCCAUGGAUGAAGCCACAAAGAUGGAUCUGCCACACAGGGCAGGUAUUUGCUUUCACUGCAGUUAACUUAAUCCUUGUGAUCUGUCAAAGGAUGAUGUUCAUACCAACACCCGAUCACUUAACCUGACAGUGAACAUGGGGUGGGUCCCAUGUCCAGUGUGAGUUGAGCUUCUACCUUAAAACCAGAAUCACCUGAGAGCCUGAAGUCAAAUGAGACCCACUAUCUUUCCCUGUUCAAUAUUCUGCUUGAUCUUUAGUAAACUCAUUGCAAUUGAAGCUUGGUCAGGUGCCUGAUGUGUGGCCAUAAACAGCAUGUGUUUAACAUUGACCGUCCUCGCGUUCUUGAUAAAGACAAAUUGAAUGUACAGGUCCUGUUUGUGUGGUUGAAUCUUUAAAUGACAUUUAAGGGGGUGAGCUGCAGGAGGGUGAUUUAACCCCACUGCUCACAGUUUCCUUCCUCACUGGUCAGAGGGAGAAAACCCUGUUUUCCAGCUCACGCAGCUGCUGUCCCCGAGCAGGACAGUGACCUGACCAGACCCCGGGCUUGUGUAGUCACAGCGUGUCCAGGUAUGUGGGAUGGAGACAUGGUUCACCACCGUUGAUAGUUCACAGGAGUAACAGCACAGUUGCUCUCUCCAGCCUUCGCCCUUCCCAUGAUAUGGGUCGGGACUUAAAGGGAUGGAGGGGCAGGGCAGCACCGUUCCCCAAAUCCCAGAUCCUCGAGGUUCAGCCCUAGCCACAGGGAAAACAGUGUGGGGUUUGCUAUUGGCUUCACAUGUUUCAGGUGUGAGCUCUAACCAUUGCUGUUGGCCAUUGUUGGUGGGACCUGGUGCAGCCCAGGUAAUAUCCAGUGGAAGUCCUUGGCAAUUGUAAGGGCCAAGAAUUAAUUUCAGCAGAAAAUCACAUAUCCAAAUCUCAGUGCAGCAGCAAAACAAGCAAGAUUAUUUUUAUACAAGCUUCUAAACAUUUAAAACAUUUAAAAAUAUUUUUAAAAUCUACACCCAUGACUAAACCUUGUCCCUGUCUCUAGCAUGCAUGCAGAACCAAUCCCCAUCCAUCCCCAGGGGAAUGACAGCUAUAGUACCUGUAAGGAGUUCAUGCUUUAUUAGUCAAGUGGAACAUUAAUAAAACCUGGCCCACUUCAUAAUUUCCAGAAUAGUCAUUAAUUAAAAAAGCUGUUUAUUGGAAUAGAAAACAAGUAUUUGAUUAGCUUUGUUACAGAACAAUAGCUCUCCUAAUUUUUAUUCUGCAUAUUUUAUUCUUUCUUUAGAAAAUUCUCUUAAGAAGCAUUUGAGAUAAUUCGCUUUUUAAAACUGUACAGUUUCUAUGGGUUUGCUUUUUAAAUGACAGUAUACUUUGUAGAUUUGAUUAUUAUAUUUUUCUGUUAAGAUUACAUUGGGCAUUACAAAAGCAUUCCCCACCACAGUGAAAAGAAAGCAAUCCUGUUGGUUUAUUGUAAAAGAAAAAAAAUAAUUAAAACAAAAUUGCAGAGCUGUGGCAUACUCAAUCCAAUUAGAGCAUGACUCUUUACUACUCUUCAUUUACCACAUGAGAAAAAAAAUAAAGUUACACCAGCAAGAUUUCAUUUGAAGCUGUUCAUGCAUGCUAUUUGUACUGUAUUUGAUGGCAUAAUAUUGUUUUGUUUACAACCUUUUCUUUCUUGUCAUUCUAUUAUAUUCUUUGUAUGUAUAUAGUUUAAAAAAAAAAAGAUUAUACAAAGUAUUUUGUUCUACCUCUGUAAAAAUCAUAUUUGUGAAUAAAGUCACAUUGUCUGUGGAUUAUAGUAUUGUGAAUACAGCA